AUGGGUCAGAUCAACGAUGCAUUCACCGUCGUCUAUCUCGGGAUAGCGGCCGGGCUAUACCUCAGACCCGAGUACGCCCUUUUCAACUCCAGGAUCGUGUCCGGCAUCCUCCUGCUCUUGGCGAUUCUCACGUUCAAGAUUCUAUAUCAGUUCUGGUUAUACCCCAGCUAUUUGACUCCACUGAAACAUAUCCAGACACCUGAGCGACGCACAUGGCUGCGGGGAAACACCAAGAGCGUCUUCAUCGAAACGCCCUAUGCCGAGUUGCGGGAAUGGAUCAAGACCAUGCCGAAUGAUGAUAUCAUCCGCUACUAUGUGGUCGCAAAUUUGGAACGCUUGAUGUGCACCAGUCCCAAGGCGCUGGGGGAACUGCUGGUCACGAAAGUGUAUGACUUUGAGAAGCCCGGAGUGAUUCGAAAGAGCUUCCGCCGUGUGGUGGGGGAUGGGGUUUUGCUGGCAGAGGGCGAAGAUCACAAGAUUCAACGAAAGAAUCUGAUGCCGGCGUUUGCCUAUCGUCAUAUCAAAGACUUAUACCAGGUAUUCUGGACCAAGAGCUUGGAAAUGAUCACCUUGAUCCAGGAAGAUCUGGACAACCCCAGCAGAAAAACCGCAUCUCACACGGACAACACGAUUCAGAUUGACACUUGGGCCAGUCGAACAACGUUGGAUAUCAUUGGAAUUGCCGGCAUGGAUUACGACUUCGAUUCCCUGAGAGACCAGGACAGCGAGCUCAACCAGACCUACCGCCGCAUCAUGGCCCCGCCCACAGUAUCCAUGAAGAUCCUCUUCGUUCUGGGCAUACUCAUCGGCAAACCAGAGUGGGCCCAGCAAAUCCCCACAGCCCGCAACAAAGAGAUCGAAGAAAGCGGCGCGGUGAUCCGCAACGUCGCCCGCCAAAUGAUCCGACAAAAGAAAGCCAAGAUGGAAGACCCGGAAGCCGAAACGGGCAUCGACAUCAUCUCCGUCGCUUUAAAGAGCGGCACCUUCGACGAAGAAAACCUAGUCGACCAAUCCAUGACUUUCCUCGGCGCCGGCCACGAAACAACAGCCACAGCCCUCCAGUGGGCCAUCUACGCCUUAUGCAAGCACCCAGAUGUGCAGAUCAGACUCCGGGAAGAGAUCCGCGCCAACCUCCCCUCCACCAAUGACGAAACUCCCAUCUCUGCAGCCGCGAUCGACAAUCUCCCAUAUCUGAAUGCAGUCUGCAAUGAGGUGCUGCGGUACUACCCGUCCGUUCCAGCGACGGCCCGCACAGCUGUGCGCGACACCACACUGGCUGGAAAGCAUAUCCCGAAAGAUACAACGUUGAUUGUUUCUCCGCGGAUCAUCAAUCGGAUGGAGGCACUCUGGGGCGAAGAUGCUGACAAGUUCAACCCCGAGCGGUUUAUGGGUCCUGGGAAGGCGAAUACCGGUGGGGCAGUCAGUAAUUAUGCAUUGUUGACUUUCUUGCAUGGGCCUCGCAGCUGUAUCGGGCAAGGGUUUGCCAAAGCCGAGCUUGCUUGCAUGGUGGCUGCUAUGGUUGGCAGAUUCCACAUCGAGUUGAAGUUCCCUGACGCGAAGUUGGAGUUGAGGGAGGGAGCUACUGUUUGUCCUAGAGAUGGUGUCAUUACCUUGAUGACACCGUUGGAGGGAUGGUAA